AGCGUCAGUACAUGUUCCUCACAGCAGAGACUUUACAUUUGUCUUUUUGAUCAACAUCCUCAUCUGAACAUGCCAAUGGAGAGACGGACAAACAGGAGAGGACGUUAUGAACAUUAUGUCAGCGGUCGACACUUAAACCUGAAUGAUUUGAAGCAGGAAGCUCGACAUUUAGAAAACCAGUAUCUCAACAAAGAAAACAUCCCAAACUCACCAAAGCCGGAAUUCCAUGUGACUCGUCUGAAACACGACACAGAUCAAGACGGGUUGAGGGGCAUCAGGAGGGAUGAAGGCUUCAGGGUUCCACAUGGAGGCUCAGAUGAUCCACACAAAGGCGUCCUGUUGUGGUGGAGUCUGGCUGUGGGCCAUGAGGAGGUGAAGUCAGCUGAGACGAGGCUCCUGCAGCAGAAAUUCUCCAACCUCACAGAGGAUGAGGCCACCAUGCAUCCCAGCUUCCUCUAUAAGUUUACCAGCUCUCCAGCCUUCUCAGAGAAGUCCAGGCUGGGUUCGUACCGCUUCACCUUCAACCUGAAGGAAGUACUGGAGGCCUACAGCCUGCAGUUUUGUUCUGGAGAUCAGCCGGUCAUGAGGGUCUAUGAAACUGUCCUGCACAAACAGGAAGUUCAGCAUACUGUAUUGGUCCACAGUCCAGCCAAUCAGGAGCUCUUCUCCAGGUAUCCUCUGCUGAUUGACGACCCGAAUGCUGUCUGUGUUUACAAAGACGACCACUUCAUCUGGAGGCCGUACGCCAUGAGUAGUGAACACAGGUAUGAGCUGGUGGAGAGACCUAGAGAAAACCAAUUGGAUGCUCAGCAGUGUUAUUCUGUACAGUUUUAUAUUUGGGAUCAUGUCACCAUCGCCCUGCAUGUGAACAAACAGGUGCUGAAGUUUGAUGCUGAUCAACUGAGAGAGAACCUCAAGUUCUGUUAUAAAGGCGCAGCAGCAAUCGGGACAUUUGAUAGUUUCGAGGACGCUGAAAAGCAAGUUAAAGACCUGUGGACAGACUAUGACUCCCCUCUGGACAAGGAGUGUUCACUACAGCAGCAUUUCACAGGUAUCACAGCUGCAACUCACUGAGCUGAACUGACUUCACAAUCACCAGAUUUUCUUUGAUCAGGUUGCCAUUAUCAUGGUUCUGUUCACAGUAUGAACCUGCUUUUGCCUGCUCAUAUCUCCCCACCUUGUCCAUGGCUCACUGAAGGCACCAGAAAGCAAAGGGCCGGACUCAGUGUAGCCGAGAGAAAAUGCCAUAAAUACAGAGAUCUCGCCCAUCGACCUCAGUGACUCUCUGAAUCUACUGACAUGAUUCUCCUCCAGUUUUUAAACUGCGAAGACCAAGUUCUAUCAGCACAAGAUCUGUAGCACAUCAGAUGCUCAAAAAAUAUUCUUUGCUUUUAACUCACUCCUCCACCCACCUCCUCCCCAACCGUCCACUCUGCUCGCCUCGUUCUUCACGGACAAAGUCUCUGCAAUCAGUAAGCAGUUAUCUGAGUCUGACCAACUCAACUCCACCCACCAGCUAAGAGAGCCACACUCUCCUCAUUCUCCCCUCUAACUGAGGAGGAAGUCUCUAAAUUGUUGCUGGACUCUCAUCCCAUUACCUAUCCACUGGAUCCCAUACCAUCCCACCUCUUACAAACCAUUUCCCAGCACUUAACCCUGCAGUAACAUACAGCAUUAACUCCUCACUUGCUACAGAUGUGUUCCCUCCUGCAUUUAAGCAACCCUGAGUCACUCCAAUACUCAAAAAACCUACACUCAAUCCAGCCCCGGUUGAAAACUACUGACUAGUUUCACUCCUACCCUUCCUGUCUAAAAUACUCAAGCAAACUGUCUUCAACCAAGUCUCUGCUUUCCUCUCGAAAAGCAACCUGUAGAACCUGAAUCAGUCUGGUUUUAAACAGGGUCGCUCCACCAGGACUGCACUCCUAUUGGUAACAGAAUCACUGCGUUCUGUUAGAGCUGCUGGACAGUCUUUAGCUCUAUUGCUAUUAGAUCUGUCAGCUACUUUCGACACUUUUAACCAUCGAAUCCUCCUCUCCACAUUUACUGAGCUUGACAUCCCAGGAUCAGCUCUCUGCUGGUUCAUAUUCUACCUCUCAGGAAGAUACUUCAGAGUAUCUUGGAGGGGAGGUGUCUAAAUUCCACAAUCUAUCCACAGGUGUUCCUCAAGGGUCAGUGCUCAGUCCUCUCUUCUUCUCAAUAUAUGCAACCUCACUUGGUGCAAUAAUCCUCUCAUAUGGUUUCUCACACCAUUGCUAUGCUGAUGAUACCCAGUUCUUCCUGCCAUUCCCCCCAGACGACCGCAAUGUCUCUGCUUGGAUCUCAUCAUGCCUUGCCGAUAUCUCGACAUGGAUGAAAAAAACGCCACCUUCAACUCAAUCUCUUCAAAACUGAGCUCCUUGUCAUCCCAGUCAGUCACUCUAUACAAUGAGAAAUCAACAUCCAGCUUGAAUGAACCCAACUCAAGCCUACAAAGUCUGCCAGAAACAUGGGUGUCAUGAUUGAUGACCAACUAAACUAAACGAAACUUGGUCGUGUUGAUUCUGCCUGUACAACAUCAGGAAGAUCAGACCCUUCCUGUCUGGACAUGCAGCUCGAGUCCUGGUCCGGCUCUUGCAGCAUAUAGUCUGACUCUAAAGGAAGCGUGAACAACUUUAUAUUGUUCUUACAAGAAGAACAAACUAUAACCCUAAACCAAUAUGAGGAGUUUCAAAUGUAAUGCAGGCUGAAAACAGACCAGCUGUUGCAGCAAAGUCAGGAAGGAAAACUGUAAAAACUAAACCGUGUGAAUGUGUCAUUAAUCUGCUUAUCAGUAUCUCUGACUCUUGGUAAACAGCAGCUCAGAUGUAGGUUUCUAGAUUCAAGAUUCAGUUUAAUCAUCAUCAGUAAAGUUUUAUCUUAUCUUAAAGUUGUGAAUGAAACUAAAGAUGCUGUCCUUUUAUAUGCUAAACACAAAUUGUGUCAAGAAUAAAUAAUCAAGACAUAAAAAUCUAAUAUUUUCAAGUGAUGUCUAAUAAAUGAACCUUAAUCCAGCUUGUGUUGAUAAAACCACAAACAUGGUGGAUGGAUUUUUAUAUAAAUGAGCAGUUUAAAUUGUGUUAAGGCUUAAAGUUGUGUGUAAUUGUGCUGCUUUUAAUGACAGCUGGAUGUCAUCAUAGGAUCACUCUGCUGAGUUAUUAUUAGCAGGACAGUGACAAGAUGGAGACAACUGGAGACGCAACACUGAGCUUCAAAACCAGGAUUCAGGAAACCAAUAAACCCAAAAAUUAACGAGAAUUUAUUGAUUUUAUUGUUAACAAAAAUUUGCAUGUAAAAAAAACAAAACAAAACACACUAGAUGAUAAAACCAAGUCCCUGUUGGGGAAUCAAACCCUGGUCUUCCAUGUACCAGGCAGAGAUACUGUCCACUAUAGUAACGAGGAAGUUUAAAGGAUGUCAUGUGACCAGAAUGAGCCAAUCACAGCUUCAUAACUACAAUACAGCAAAUAAUUAUUGGUUAUUAUGUUUGUGUGAUCAGUAGUUACUUAGGUUUAUGAUGUAUGAUGUUUAUGAAGUUGAAAUGUUUUAAGGACAUGAAGUUUAGUCGCUUUUUAAAAUCUUCAUUAAGAGGAGUUUGUUUAAUUAAUCCUAAUUAAUAUUUAUUUAAUUCUUAUUUAUAACUUUCUGCAUUCCUUCUCUAUGGCAGUGACUACAGAUGUAUUUACACAUUUCUAUUCUGUCUUACAAUCACAUAACAAGAGUGGACAUUUUGCUAAAUUCAUAUCAGGGGUUAAAUAGUUUUAUUUUAGUUUUAGUUUGGGGUCAACAGAGUUUGUUUUGAUUCAUUAUUUUCCAUUAAUAAUCAUCACACUGAUACAUCUGUUCUCAUAUCUAUCUGUGUUUAUGUUAAUAUCUGUAUUCUAUCAGACUGGAGGCUGUUUACUCUGACUUCUUGUUUGCAUCUCUGAUUAGAUGUCAAACUUAAUUUUUUUGUCUUAUUACUUGUGCUCUGUUCAAUCACAAUAAAGUUCAACCUAAUCUAAUCCAGUUGCUGUAUUUUAGUGGCAUCUUAAUUUUAAAUUGCUUUAAAUGGGUCUAUCUCUUUUACUUUUGUAAAAUUACCUAUUUUGUUUCGCAUUUCCACUUUUAUUUGUUCAAGUUUGGGCUCAGUACUGUUGAUAUUUUUAAUUUCAUCUUCCUAAACUUUCCAUGUUUUUAAAUGUUCUCCUCCUCUUGCUCCUCUUCUUGCUCUUCCUGCUGUUCUCCCUGCAAUUGCAACUCCUCUUGCAUGUCUUCCUCCCUCCCUGCCAUCUGCUCUCCUCCCUCCUCUCUGUCUGUUUCUAACACCUGUCCUCAUGUUUCUCCUCCUCAGCCCCCACAGGUCUCCAAGCCCACUUUGGCUACUCGUCCUCCUGUUGAGCCUCGUGCUCCUGCAGCGGGUCCCAGUAGUCCAAAGUGGGUGAGGAACCUGCGGGGAGGAGUUCAACAGGCGGCGUGGCAGCCUGUCAGGUAAGAGAGGUGCUGGGCCUCCAGCAGGCCAACCUCCAGGUAAGAGGUCUUGUACUUAGACUCUUACAUUUAAUAUAGUUUCAUUCUAGUUUUUAGGUUUUUAAGUUUUACUAAAUGUGAUUUAUGUUGGAUGUGAUCUGACCAGAUCUUAUUUGAAUGAUCCUGUUGUGAUGAUGUCUGGUUGAUCUAUUCCAACUUUAUUUGAAUUAAUGUUUCUGGUUUUAUUGUACAUAGUUCAUUUGCACACUGUGAUUUAUGUUGGAUGUGAUCUGACCAGAUUUUAUUUGAAUGAAACUGUUGUGAUAAUGUCUGGUUGAUCUAUUCCAACUUUAUUUGAAUGAAUUUAAAUUGAUUAUCUAUUGUUUGUGGCCCUGUGAUGGACUGGCGAGCUGUCCAGGGUGUCUCUGCCUUCGCCAGGAGUUGACUGGGAAAGACUCCAGCCCGGCGUGACCCUACAGAGGAU